AUGGCGGAUCCAUUUUACGAUGCACGCAAUGCUCUCGCCCUCGGAAAUUAUCAUCAGGCCGUAGCUGAAGCGAGCGGAACGAAAACAGAUGCCCGCAAGGCCGAAGAUAUUGCUGCGUUUCACGCUGAGAAAGAAGUAUUGCUUGCACUCGCUCAGACGGGAUUAGGUCAAGGUGAUGCUGUGGUUGCACAACUCAAGGCUGCAACGUGCCCAAUAUUGGUGGCGGUACGUGAGUGGGCAGUAUUCUGCUCCGCUAUGAAAAAUCUAUCAGGAGAUAUUCAAUCCGAUCCAGUCAUUUGCAUGCAGCUGAAGAAACUAACUGAAGCCGCUGAAGUGAUUGAUCCUGCGCGGACACAAAUUGCUGUGCUUGCCGCCGCUGCUCUCCUCGCUGUAGGUGACAAUGCAGGCGCUCUUAAGUUGUCGAAGGAGUGGUUGAACGACCAGAGACAUUCACGGGAAAACAGUUUGUUAAGGUUACAUAUGGAACUACGCGUAAUCGUUGUGGAGGCGUUGCUGAGGAUGGGACGCACAGAGAUGGCGCGGAGCGAAGUAAAGGCCAUGGAGCAAGCGGAUGAGGAAUCUAUGCUAACGGUGUUGUGCUCUGGUAUAACGAACCUUUACGAGGGUAUCAAAACAAAAGAAGCUUAUCAAACGGCCCUGCGACGAUUCAAGGAACUCACGAUGUCAUGCGGUCAGAGUGUUCUCGCAAGCAAUCUCACAGCGCUUGCACAGAUACAGCUAGGGGAAUAUACCGAAGCGGAGCGUACCCUUCUUGAUGUAUUGGCCAUGAAGUCUGGUGACUCGGACACAACAGCUAACUUGGCGGUGAUUUCAGCUCACUCUGGAAAGGGAUUAGACUCUACGGGUCUCUAUACACGACAGGCGGUUGCGACAUCGGGACCGUGGAGUCGUUCAUUCAGCGCCGCAAGUGCGGCAUUAGACGCGGCUAUUGAAGAAUUUACGGCAUCUGCAUAG